AUGAUUACUCGCACCUUCCUGUGGCCCUCAACCGACGCCUCGGAGGUGAUCGUAACAGGCGAAUGGGACUCAUGGAGUCAAACUGGCCGCAUGCAAAAGGGUCAGGACGGCUUCCAGCUCGCCGUCCAGCUUGAUUCCGAGCGCUUCUCGGCCGGAUCCCGAGUCCAAUACAAGUUUGUGGUGGAUGGCGAAUGGCGUUCCAACAAGGUCGAUCCCAUCGAUGUCUCGGAAUACGGCAACAACUACUUCAUUGUCGAGCCCGAGGAGACCGCCGCCUCCAACACCAAGCUCCCUCCCAGCGAGCGAGUCGAGCCAGUCACUGCUCAGUCUCCGUGCUGCUCUGGAGCAUGCUCUGGAGCCCCCCGAGCUGCACAGGAGCUGCCCCAGCGUAAGCCCCAGGCCCAGCCCGAGAUCAGCCUCAAGCCCAAGGUCGAGAUCAAGACAGCGCCGAUCCCUCCAGUGGUUGGCGUGAAAGCCGCCCCGAGCAAGGGUCAGUCCGCUGCUGCUGCUGCCGAGUCCGUUACUGCUCCCGCGGCAAGCGGCAAGGCUGCCCCGGCAAUCUCGGGAGGAAAGAAGCACUCCAAGAAGAAUGGCCGACGCUAG